AUGUCCGAACAUCAAAAUGCCUCUGUCGGUAUCGACAAGCAGCCUGUCUCUGCGGAUAUCUCCGAGCAGCCAGAGGCGGCUCAAAGCCAAACAUCCUCAGACGAUGUUGAUGUCGAGUCCGAGGACCAAAGCGUGGCCAACAUCGAACGAAUCUACAGAAAGCUGGACCGUCGCAUCAUCUCCGCAUUCUGGGUCCUCUACUUCCUCUGUUCAGCCAUCCGCUCAAACGUAGGCCUAGCACAGACAAUGAACACAGACUCAGGCCACGACCUAGCAAGCAUGCUCAACCUAUCCCGACACCAAAUCUCAACCGGUCUCGCCCUCUUCUACGUCUGCUACGUGAUCUUCGACCUCCCCUCAAACCUAAUCAUGACCCGCCUAAGCCCCCACGUCUGGAUGAGCCGCAUCGUGAUCAGCGUAGGCCUAAUCGGGAGCUGUCUCGCCGCAAUGAAAGCAGCAUGGAGCUUCUACCUCCUCCGCCUCCUCCUCGGCAUCGUCACAGCAGGCAUGUGGCCCGGCAUGACAUACUACCUAACCCUAUUCUACCCCCCUUCCCGCAUCGGCAAACGCAUCGGCCAAUACUUCACAGCCUCCCAAGUCUCCGCCGCAGUAGUCGGUCUCGUCUCCGCCGGCUUCCAGAAAAUGGACGGCGCACAAGGCCUAGUCGGCUUCCAAUGGAUGUUCCUAAUCUACGGUGUCAUCACAGUAGCCCUGGGCUUCGCCCUGCUAUGGUGGUUACCAGAUAGACCGACCGUCCCCGGCGAAGCCGCGCCGAAACGCUCCCGGAUGAUGCGCUGGCUGCCUACCACGACACCGGCGCUGAAAGGCGCCGAUGCCGUCGUGCAUUACCACGAUCUAAAGCGUGUAUACCACUCCUCCGCGUGGACACUGCGGGAUCUACUCGCAGUAUUCAUGGAUUGGAGAUUGUAUCCGCUGCUGGUGAUGUACUUUGGUGUUGUGGGCGUUGGUAUUGGAGUUCAAUCGUAUGCGAACUUGAUUAUCAAAGCCAUUGAUCCGACAUUGAGUGAUGUUUCUUUGAGUUUGUUGACGGCUCCGAUUUGGAUUAUGGAUCUCAUCGCCAUCCUCCUCGUAACACCCCUCUCAGACCGCUUCCACCGCCAUCGCGCAAUCUUCUUCUCAAUCCCCGUCUGCCUCCAAAUCCUCGGUCUCCUCCUAACCAGCUACGCCGGUACAGACGAAAACCCCUGGCCCCGCUACGGCGGACUUUUAAUCGUUGGAUUCGGACUUGGUCCAACAGUCCCAAUAACCAUGACCUGGACGACGGAGGUAUUCCAGCCUCGACACGGCGAGCUCGGCGUAGCGUCUGCGUCGGCUGUUGUUUCCGGACUUGGUAAUUUGGGCAGUAUUCUCACGACGUAUGCAUUGUAUUCUGGAUGGAAGAGUGACUACGAGGCGCCUGGUCGUGAGAAGUAUAGGAAGAGUAACCUCGUUAUGAUUGGGAUUCUGGCGGGGAGUAUUCUCUCUGCGGCGCUUAUGGAGGUUAUGUUGCGAUUUGUUGAUGGGCGGUAUCGGGGGGAUGAGGAGGUUGAUGGGGCUGCGAGGAGGGAGGUGCGGCAACGUGGAUUGCAUGGAUUGGGGGCUGGUGUUAGACGUUGGUUGAAGUUGGGAAGGUGA